CAGGACGCAGCAGGAGCGAGCCGGGAAACCCCCCCCUUCCACCUCCCAGCAUCCCCCCUCCACGGGCCCGCUCAGGCCCUCCCCAUCGGUUCUCCCCCCUUCUCAGGGUCCCCCGCGGGGCUCCCGGCACACCCCAGGAAGGUGGGGCGGGGGCGGUCCCUGGCUAGUAGGCGGAGCCUGCGGCGUCCAGCCUCGGCCUCUAGAAUCAACCCGCCCCAGAGCACAGCUUCGCCGAGCCCAUCUGGUCCCCAUCCCGGCCUUGGCAAUGACCCUGGCAGCUUCCUCCCAGCGUUCCCAAUUCAUUCGCUCCAAGUUCCGAUCUGGCCAGGCUCCUGGACACUCCCUUCCCGCCUUCCUCCUCCCACCUUCCACCUCCCUCCUCCCCUCCACAGUCCUCCAGCUUCGGAUCCACAGACGGAAUCAGGAGCAGAUCUCGGAUCCUGACCCGUGGAUCUCAGCCUCCAGCCCGGCUCUAGCCCCGGCCUUGCCCUCUGGCACGGCCCCUUUCCUCUUCAGCCCUGGGGUCCUGCUCCCUGAGCCCGAAUCCUGUCCUCCUUGGGGGUCCCAGAAGAAGGAGUCUCCCAAGACCUCCCAACGGUGGAGGGAGUCCAAGCCGAGGGGGAACUUGACAUACCACCAGUACAUGCCCCCAGAGCCAAGACAGGGAGCCAGGGCUGGCCCCCAAGCUGAGGGGUCCGCCCUGGGUCCUCCUGGGCCACCUCUGUGGGAAGGGACAGACUCACAGCAGCCACAUCCUAGGAUGAAGCCCACUCCCCUCACUCCCCGCCCACCAGGAGUCCCCAGACCCUCGCCCCCUCCACACAAGUUGGAACUCCAGACCCUUAAACUGGAGGAGCUGACGGUCUCAGAGCUCCGGCAGCAGCUGCGCCUGCGGGGCCUCCCAGUGUCGGGGACCAAGUCUAUGCUCCUGGAACGCAUGCGCGGCAGCGCCACGCCCCGCGAGCGGCCAAAGCCGCGGCGCGAGGACAGUCCCGCGGGUGCUCCCUGGCCGCGCCUCAGACCCAAGGCCCUGGCAGCCGCCCGGCGGCCGAGCUUGGUCAAGCCCAGCGCAGCAUCUCACCUGCCAACUCUUCCACGUGCCGCGGAUACCCCGGGGAUGGCUCCAGCUCCAACUACCGCUCUGGCUGCAGCUCCAGCCCUGACCCCUUCCUCCGCGCCGGGCUCCGUGGCUCUGACUCUGGAGGAGGAGCUGCAGGAAGCAAUCCGGAGGGCGCAGUUGCUUCCGAACCGGGGCAUCGAUGAUAUCCUGGAGGAUCAGGUGGAGCCUGUUGACCCCCUGCCUCCCAUCCCCCUGGACUUCCCUGGCUCCUUCGACGUGCUGUCUCCCUCCCCGGACUCAGAAGGCCUCUCAUCUGUUUUCUCCUCUUCACUCCCGUCCCCUACGAACUCCUCCUCCCCUUCUCCCAGGGACCCCACGGACUCCCUGGACUGGCUGGAGGCCCUGAGUGGGGGUCCUCCACUGGGUUCUGGUCCCCCAGUCCCCAGCAUCUUCUCUGCUGACUUAUCUGACUCCGGCAGUAGCCGGCUGUGGGACCUGCUGGAGGACCCGUGGUGAUGGAUUCAGGGGUUUCCAGAAACAGAGAACUGGUGGGGGUGGAGAAAAGCUCCCUGGGGGAGGAGAGGGAAGGACCAGUAGAGCCCCUCCUAUUGCAGACACAGGAUUGGAGACAACCUCCCACCCCACCUGCCUCCUGAAGUGCUGCUGACUGCCUGAACUUUGCCUACUUGGCCUCCUUAAGAUCCCCCUCCAGGGUUGUACGGUUGGGGGGCUCCUUUUGCUGCUGGCCACGGCAAACAAGCUGCUUGCUGCUUCUUUCAAA